AUGGCGAAGAUAGCGCAGAUGGCCGGGCGACCGGACGGUAUUGAUGAUGCCAUCUGCAACACGCCUGACCCUUCUACAAAGGACUUCAUCAUGCAACAAACUAUGUUGAGGAUCAAAAAUCCCCAUUCGAGUCUCGACUUCUACACGAGGGUUCUAGGAAUGAGGCUGAUGCAAGAGUUGCAUUUCGCGGAAUGGGAGUUCAGCAUCUACUUCGUCGGGUACUGUGACCCGUCGGAGAUUCCCUCGGACCCAAAGGAGCGCACAAGGUGGUGUUUCCAACAGGCCGGUGCCGUGGAGCUCACGCACAAUUGGGGGACGGAAAAUGACGCCGCCCUCAAGUACCAUUCUGGCAACGAGGACCCUCGAGGAUUCGGACACAUCGGUAUUACCGUGCCUGACGUGUACAAAGCAUGCGAAAGAUUCGAAAAGGAGGGAGUGAAGUUCCGCAAGACGCCUGAUGGGGGCAACAUGAAGGGCCUGGCGUUCAUUUUCGAUCCCGACGGAUACUCCAUCGAAAUUCUUGGGGCGGAUCAAAUGAGUAAGGACUUUUCGAAGUACACGCCCGGGGGGGAAUCCACUAGCACGUAGUGCCGUAAGCAGCGUGGCAAGCUGUUGGACAGGUUUUUGAGCUUUCCGGUCAACUUGCAGGUUCCACGACAUGCAUAUCUCGGCAAGACAUUUUUCUUUCGAUUGGCGCAGGGUCCCGCACAGCAUGGGAUAACUUUGCUGGACAACCUGUUUGUGUCUCAAUGUAUGCAUACCCAUGUGAGGGCAAUCGCGUUCGUCUUCGAACCAGGGAGAGUGCGAGUGGCCGACCUACUACGCCUGUGCUUCAGUUUUGACGAGUAACACAGCAGAUGAAGGUUUGCAUCAAUUACAAGUAGGUCUGGAGUGGGUUGCGGGAAGUCAGCUUGCCUGGAACUGCA